AUGGAGGAGUCCCAGCUAGAUCUCAACAUGGAGCUCCCUCUGAGCCAAGAGUCCUUUUCCUACUUAUGGGAACUCCUCCCCACCCUCUCUUUUGUACAGUACUCCCCUGACCUUAACAAGCUGUUCUGCCAGCUGGCUAAGACCUGCCCAGUGCAGCUGUGGGUCACCUCACCACCUCCACCUGGAACCCGCGUCCGCACCAUGGCCAUCUACAAGAAACUGGAGCACAUGACGGAGAUUGUGAGGCGCUGCCCUCACCACGAACGCAACUCUGACAACAGUGACGGCCUGGCCCCUCCUCAGCACCUCAUCCGAGUGGAAGGAAAUCUGCGUGCGGAGUAUCUAGAGGACAGUACCACUCUGAGACAUAGCGUGGUGGUACCUUAUGAGCCACCUGAGGUUGGUUCUGACUGUACCACCAUCCACUACAACUUCAUGUGUAACAGCUCUUGCAUGGGAGGCAUGAAUCGGAGGCCCAUCCUUACCAUCAUCACUCUGGAAGACUCCAGUGGCAAUCUUUUGGGACGUAAUAGCUUUGAGGUGCGUGUUUGUGCCUGUCCUGGGAGAGAUAGACGCACUGAGGAAGAAAACUUCCACAAGAAGGAGAAGCUUUGCCCCAAGCCCCCGCCUAGGAACACUAAGCAAGCUCUGCUCUCCAGCAGUGUCUCUACUCAGCCAAAAAAGAAGCUGAGUGAAGAAUAUUUCACCCUUCAGAUUCGUGGGUAUAAACGCUUCAGGAUGUUCCAGGAGCUGAAUGAGGCUUUGGAGAUGAAGGAUGCUGCGGAUCCAGAUGGGACCCGGGCUCACUCCAGCCCCCCAAAGACUAAGAAGGGACAGUCUACCUCCUGCCAUAAAACAGCUAAUUUCAAGAGAGAGGGGCCGGACUCAGACUGA